UCCCCCCCUCCCGGGUCUGGGCACGGGGCCGGGGCGCAGCCACCCGCCGGGCUAAUCCGGGCCGUGACGGACAGGCCCGGCGCCGCCGAUCCCGCCGCCCCAUAAGAGGUGCCGCGGCUCCGCCGCUCCCCAUUGUUAGGGCGAGGGCGCGGGGAGGCCCCGCUCGGCGGGACCGGCCCAUGGGGACCCUCCGCGCCGCCCCUAUAAGAGGGAACGGACUGGAAGAUGCUCCCGGGUGCUGAGCGCUGCGCACCCGCCGCACCGAGCCCAGCCGAGUCGUCUCCCCGGGGAGCCACCGAAUACCGGCACCGGGCACAGAGUACCGGUAACAGGCAGCAAGUACCGGUACCGAGCACCGUGCACGGACUGGGGAACUUCGGCACCUGGCAUCGGAUAUCACGAAGGGACUGCAGAGCACCGGGCACGGAGGGACCACAUACGGACAGCCGAGCAGCGGCACCGGGCACCCAGCGGCGAGUGUCGCGCACGGACAGCCAGGCACCGGCUCGACGCCGCGCUCCCGGGACGGGACAGAGAGCACCAGGCACCGCGCUCCCGACACCGCUACCCAAGGCACCGGCUGCAGCCCGGUGCCGUUGCCGGUGCCAGCCAGGCCGGCCGGCCGGCGCUCCUCGCGUCCCCCCCUCACCAGAGCCGCCCGCGCCCCGCGCGUCCGGAAACACGCGUGGAUGUAGCGGCCGGGCCGGGGGCUCCGCGGCACCAUAAAUACCGGGCGGGAGCUCGCCCGCGCACUCAGCCGGGGCCGGCGGGGCCGGAGCCAUGCGAGCGGCCGCGCUGGGGCUGGCGCUGCGGGCGCUCUGGGCUCUGGCCCUCUCCUCCCUCUCCAACACGCUGGCGGUCAACAACAGCGGCCGGUGGUGGGGCAUCAUCAACGUGGCCUCGUCCACCAACCUGCUGACCGACUCCAAGAACGUGCAGCUGGUGCUGGACCCCAGCCUGCAGCUGCUGAGCCGCAAGCAGCGCAAACUGAUCCGGCAGAACCCUGGCAUCCUGCACAGCGUCAGCUCCGGCCUCCAGACUGCCAUCAAGGAGUGCAAGUGGCAGUUCCGCAACCGCCGCUGGAACUGUCCUACCUCGCAGGGCCCCAACAUCUUCGGCAAGAUCGUGAACCGGGGCUGCCGGGAAACGGCUUUCAUCUUCGCCAUCACCAGCGCCGGUGUGACGCAUUCGGUGGCCCGGUCCUGCUCGGAGGGUUCCAUCGAGUCUUGCACCUGCGACUAUCGGCGUCGGGGUCCUGGGGGGCCCGAUUGGCACUGGGGGGGCUGCAGUGACAACAUCGACUUCGGACGGCUCUUUGGGAGGGAGUUUGUGGACUCCAGCGAGAAGGGUCGCGACCUGCGCUUCCUCAUGAACCUGCACAACAACGAGGCCGGGCGCAUGACGGUCUUCUCGGAGAUGCGGCAGGAGUGCAAGUGCCAUGGCAUGUCCGGGUCCUGCACCGUCCGCACCUGCUGGAUGCGGCUGCCAACCUUCCGCGCCGUGGGCGACGUGCUGAAGGACCGCUUCGACGGCGCCUCCCGCGUCAUCUACGGCAACAAGGGCAGCAACCGGGCGUCGCGGGUGGAACUGCACCACCUGGAGCCCGAGAACCCGGCUCACAAACCUCCCUCCCCUCACGACCUCGUUUACUUCGAGAAGUCCCCCAAUUUCUGCACCUACAGCGGGAAGAUGGGCACGGCUGGCACCGCCGGGCGCUUCUGCAACAGCUCCUCGCCGGGGCUGGAUGGUUGCGAGUUGCUGUGCUGCGGGCGUGGGUACCGCACCCGUACCCAGCGGGUUACCGAGCGCUGCAACUGCACCUUCCACUGGUGCUGCCACGUCAGCUGCCUCAACUGCACCAACACGCAGGUGCUCCACGAGUGCCUGUGACACCCCCUCCCCACCACCACAGCCACCACCCUGCCCUGCCCCGAGGGGGUCUGUGACACCCCCCAUGACGGCUGCCCCCCACCCCAGCUGGCUUGAAGAAGAUGCCCACGGGUGGGUGUGUUGGCUGCACCCUGGAGACCCCUCCCCGGUAGUUCUGUCUCAGAGUCAGCAGUUGGUCUGGGGUGGGGGUGGGGGGCAGAGGGGGGGACGUUGGUGCCAUGCACCAUCCAGGCUGCCCCCCCUUUGGGCUGCUGUGGCUCUGGGGGUGUGUGGGGGGCGUCCCCUUCUCACUGUAAAUAAGGUAUUUAUUGUGGACGGUUUGAGGCCGCCCCCCGCCCCCCACCCCCAAUUCCAUCUUGCUCUUCGCUGGCCCCAGGCCCUGCGGUGGUUUUUUAUAUAUAUAAUUAAAGAUAAUAAUAAUAAUUAUUAUUAUUAUUAAUAAUAAUAAUGCUUUGUUACAGGAGUCUUUGAUAGCCUUUAGAGAAGAAUAAAGGAUUUAUUUUUAUCAA